AUGUAAAUUCUUAAGACAAAACCUUCCUAUAGCCCAUGUGAUAAAUCUAUUUUCUGUUCCUAGUCUUAUGAAGGGCAUAUUACGAUGCUUUAGGGUACAUUUAUUUGUUGGACUUACCACAAUUCAUAAUUAAGUAUUUAGUUUUGUGAUUAUUUUUUAAUAUAGGAAAUGAACACAGCACAAGGCCAGUGGUAUGUUGUUUUUUUUUCUCAUUGCAUUUUCUUCAGUGAUGAAGCUGGUGCCUGAGGCAUUGUUGGAGGUUAAUCGAUACUUAUGGAAUGAGGGAAUGGAGUGUGGUAGAAGGAGUCUUAUUUUCUGAGGGAGGAGAUACGAGUUCUAUACUCAGAACCACUACUAAGUAGCUGUGAUUUCUAAGGCAAGUGACUUAGUCUCUUGGUCUUGGUUUACCCAUCUGUCAAAUAAGGAUUUCAUAUUUAAACACUUUUUCCCCCAGACAGUGUUACUUGGGAUCUUAGAGAUUCUAGGAGGUGUCCUGAAUUGCAGCAUGCAAAAAUCCAAGAGCUGGGGACACUUGGUCCUCUACCGCUACUUUCCAAACAAAGAGAACUACUUAUUUCUGUUUUAUGUGUUAGGAUACUAUCAAAAUGUUUAUUUACAAAAUGAUUUCAAUGCUUAAAAAAUAUUCAAAACCCAUAAUUUAAAUUGGAAAAUCUCUAAGUCUCCUUUUAGCAGCUAACUGCCUGGGCUUUCCUCAUCCCCAGAAUCUUCACUUUAUCCAGGGUUUUGAUAAAGUGUCACCUCCUCAGAGAGACCCUACUUGGCCAACAAAUCUCUUGGUAUAAUUUGUAUUUAUUACCUGGUAUUAUUCUCUAUUUUGUGUGGCAGGUGUUAGUGUAUAAAUCUUAUCUCCUCAACAGCACUGCAGGUUCUUUGGGAGUGAGGGCCACAUAAUGUAUAUCACUUUCUCCACCCUAAUCAGUACUUAACAUAAGGCCAGAAAUGUAAUGGAUAUUAGUAUUCAACCUAUUCAUUCACAAAUCUUUAGAGAACUACUCGUAAUGGUUAUCAUACAUUAGACACUUGACAUUUACAAGUCUCUCAAGAUACCAUUUAAUUUCUUCACCUUUAAAGUGGGGGAAAGAGUACUUUCUUCAAAUGUUCGUUUUGAAGAUUAAUGAAGAUCAUGCAUUAGAUGAGAAUAGCAAAGCUCUGGUGAGCUGUAGAUUUUGGGCUGGGGGUAAGGUUCACUCACUGUCUGAGUGAUUAGUGCUAUGUCUCUCCCCUACUCAAAACCCUUUAGUAGCUCCCUCUUGCCUCAAAGAUUGAACUAGACAUAUGUUAUGGUGCCUGACCAGCUUUCCUAUCCCUCUUCCCUGCUACCAUUUCUAAAAUCUUUUCCCACCCCAUGUGAUUCUGAUGUGUCCACAUCCAAAGCCCCCACUCCUUCCCCAGUUGUUCUUUUUUUUUUUUUUUUUUUUUUUUUUGCUAAAACUAUUAUGAAUGAUGACUCUCUUCUUUUUGGUUCACAAGUCAUAGAUAUGCAGGCCUACAUUGCUGCUAUUCUUCUUUCCCAUGAAAAAGCCUGUAUUGCACUAGGAGCAAAUAAGGUUAAUAUGCAAAGUAAUGUGGAGACAGAGCUUGCUGAUAGAGAGAGAAAGAACUGAUGCUAUUAUUUAAGUCCCUAGAUCCACUCAAGGUAGUAGGGUUGUUGUCAGGGUUAAAUGAGUUAAUAAUGGGAGUGCUGCAGCCACUGCCGCUGAUUCCGGAUCUCAUUGCCACACGCCCCGACGACCGCCUGAUGUGCAUUCCUGAUUCCUUUUGGUUCCAAGUCCAAUGUGGCAACUCUCAAGGAUCAGCUGCUUCAUAAUCUUCUAAAGGAAGAACAGACCGCCCAGAAUAAGAUUACAGUUGUUGGGGUUGGUGCUGUUGGCAUGGCCUGUGCCAUCAAUAUCUUAAUGAAGGACUUGGCAGAUGAACUUGAUCUUGUUGAUGUCAUCGAAGACAAAUUGAAGGGAGAGAUGAUGGAUCUCCAACAUGGCAGCCUUUUCCUUAGAACACCAAAGAUUGUCUCUGGCAAAGACUAUAAUGUAACUGCAAACUCCAAACUGGUAAUUAUCAUGGCUGGGACAUGUCAGCAAGAGGGAGAAAGCCGUCUAGAUUUGGUCCAGCAUAACGUGAACAUCUUUAAAUUCAUCAUUCUUAAUGUUGUAAAAUACAGCCCGAACUGCAAGUUGCUUAUUGUUUCAAAUCCAGUGGAUGUCUUGACCUACGUGGCUUGGAAGAUAAGUGGUUUUCCCAAAAACCGUGUUAUUGGAAGUGGUUGCAAUCUGGAUUCAGCCCAAUUCCGUUACCUGAUGGGGGAAAGGCUGGUAGUUCACCCAUUAAGCUGUCAUGGGUGGGUCCUUGGGGAACAUGGAGUUUCCAGGGCACCUGUAUGGAGUGGAAUGAAUGUUGCUGGUGUCUCCCUGAAGACUCCGCACCCAGAUUUAGAGACUGAUAAACAUAAGGAACAGUGGAAAGAGGCUCACAAACUGGUGGUUGAGAGUGCUUAUGAGGUGAUCAAACUCAAAGGCUACACAUCCUGGGCCAUUGGACUCUCUGUAGCAGAUUUGGCAGAGAGUACGAUGAAGAAUCUUAGGCAGGUGCACCCAGUUUUCACCAUGAUUAAGGGUCUCUAUGGAAUAAAAGAUGAUGUCUUCCUUCGGGUUCCUUGCAUUUUGGGACAGAAUGGAAUCUCAGACCUUGUGAAGGUGACUCUAACUCCUGAGGAAGAGGCCUGUUUGAAGAAGAGUGCAGAUACACUUUGGGGGAUCCAAAAAGAGCUGCAAUUUUAAAGUCUUCUGAUGUCAUAUCAUUUUACUGUCUAGGCUACAACAGGAUUCUAGUUGGAGGUUGUACAUGCUGUCCUUUUUAUCUGAUCUGUGAUUAAAGCAGUCAUAUUUUAAGAUGGACUGGGAAAAACAUCAACUCCUCAAGUUAGAAAUAGGAAUGAUUUGUAAAAUCCACAGCUAUAUCCUGAUGCUGGAUGGUAUUAAUCUUGUGUAGUCCUAAACUGGUUAGUGUGAAGUAGUUCUGCCACCUCUGACGCACCACUGCCAAUGCUGUACAUGCUGCAUUUGCCCCUUGAGCCAGGUGGAUGUUUACCAUGUGUUAUAUAACUUCCUGGCUCCUUCACUGAACAUGCCUAGUCCAACAUUUUUUCCCAAUCAGUCACAUCCUGGGAUCCAGUGUGUAAAUCCAAUAUCGUAUGUCUUGUGCAUAAUUGUUCCAAAGGAUCUUAUUUUGUGAACUAUAUGUAUCAGCAGUGUACAUUACCAUAUAAUGUAAAAAGAUCUACAUGUAAACAAUGCAGCUAACUAUCCAAGUGUUAUACCAACUAAAACCCCCAAAAACCUUGAACAGUGAAAAAAAAAUAAAUGAGUUAAUGCAUGUAAAUAAAAACGUACAUAAGAGUGUAUAUGUUCAAUAAUAAUUUGCUGUCCUCAAUCAUAUCUCAAUGUAUAACAUUUCUAUGUAUUCUUAUCUUACUUCUCCAACUAGACUGUAAAGUUUUUGAGAGCAGGCACUAGGUCCUACUCAGCACUUGGCCUACACUUAGGUUCAGUAACCCUCGUUGAAGGGAUCAGCAUAUUUCUGUGAGGCACAACCAGUGUGUGGCUUCAGCUUCAGCUUUCCAAACAGUCUGUGAUUUCGUUAGUAGAAUUGUGAAAUUUACUCCUAAUAUGUGGAAAGCAUCUUUGCCUGUGGUUUUAUUUUGUUAAUUUCAUUGUGUUCUAACUUAGGCUAAGUUGCCAUGAUGUUUUUGUGCGAAAACUGAUUUUAUUUUUAUUUUUCAUCAUGCAAAAUGUCUUUUGAGAAAGCUGGAGUUAGGACAUUUUUCUAGAGUCACAUUUUAAAAAAUUAAGGUCAGUAAGCAAAGACUCCCAACUCCUUGAGUUAUGCUUGGAAAAAUAAAAUUGCUCCUGGUGCUAAGCUUUGAAAUUACUAAAUCACUCUCAAGUCCCACACAGAUUGUUAAAAUGGAAAACAUCUGAAAAUUAAAUUCUUUAUGUUGCCUUUGGUGCAUCUUCCCCUUUUCUGUAAAAGGUGGAGAUAAAAAGGAUUCCUGAUGAUUUUUUCAUGUUUUUAAUGCAUGUGCAAAAUUCUUAUGUCUAGCUAAUGCUAGCAUUUGAAGCUGUGUUCAAGUUAAUUAUUAAAAAAAUGCAUUGCCUGUUUGAUUUUCAGUUGUGAAGGCAGAGUGGAAUGGAAGCUGUGAGUUUAUUCUGAUUUCCUGUCUGAAUUUAGUGGACAAAUGUGGAAAUGAUAAUAUAAUUAGUAGAAUUUUUACCCUGAAGUUUCCAUAUCUACACACAAUAGCCUUGAAUAUGGAGGAUGGGAAAUGUUUGCGCAAAUAGAUUCACUGAAGCACGUGAUUUGAGUAUAAGCCCUUGUAAAGUUAGGGGACCUGAAUCCCUCAUCCUUUCAGAUCCAGCUGGACCAUUAGCUCCAGAAAUAAAACAAAGUGCUGGGAGAAGGAUUCCUUUGUUGUUAAUAGCUACAUGCUUGCACGAUGUGUGCAUGUGUGUAUUUGGAAGCCUGUCCCUUCAGUGUCUCUCCAGUCAGGAGCAUCUUCUUCAAAGCCUUCAUGCAGACGAUUCCUUUAAAGCCUGCCUCUUGUCUGAAAUAAAACAAUAGCCUGCUAGCAGCCUGGAAGCCCUUGAGGUAAUUGGUGAAUUGAAAUUGGUAUGUAUCUUUUUCAUCUAUGCUUUUAUUUUUACCACAGAUGUACAAAUAAACAAUUGUGUUGGUUUUUUGUUUUUAAAAAUUACAUAUUAUUCUGUCCAUCUUUUUAAAAAUAGUUUUAUUGAGGUAUAAUUGAUAUAUAAAAAUUGCACACAUUUAACAUAUACAAUUUGAUGAGUUUGAACAUAUGCACAUAAUAGAUAAUCAAGGUAAUAGAUAAAUCGACCACCUCCAAAAAUUUCCUUGUGCCUCGUUGUUUUUUGCUUUGUUUCAUUUUGUUUUGUUGUAAGAAUACUUAACAUGAGAUCUAUCUUAACAAAUUUCUAAAUACAGUGUGCCCUUGUUACCUAUAGGCACAAUGUUGUACAGCAAAUCUCUAGAACUUAUUAAUCUUGCAUAACUGAAGCAUUGUACCCAUUGAACAGCGCCUUGUUUCUCCUGCCUCCAAGUCCCUGGCAGCUACCCUUCUACUCUCAGUUUCUAUGAGUUUAACUAUUUUAUAUACCACAUAUAAGUGGAAUCAUGCAGUAUUUGUCCUUCUAUGGCUAGCUUAUUUCACUUAGCAUAAUUUCCUCCAGAUUCAUCCAUCUUGUCUCAUAUGGCAAGAUUUUCUUCUUUUCAAAGGCCGAAUAAUAUCCCAUUGUGUAUAUACACCACAUUUUCUUUACCCAUUUAUCUGUUGAUAGACACUUAGGUUGUUUCCGUAUCUUGGCUACUCUGAAUAGUGCUGCAGUGAACACUGGAGUGCAGAUAUCUCUUCAAGAUCCUGAUUUCCAUUCUUUUGGAUGUACAUUCAAAAGCGGGAUGGCUGAAUCACAUGAUGGUUCUAUUUUUCAGUUUUAGAGGAACCACCACACUUUUUUUUAUAGUGGCUGCAUCGUUUUGCCUUCUCAGCAAGAGGGUACAAGGGUUCCAGUUUCUCCACAUCUUCAUCAACAUUUAUCUUUUGCUUUUAUUUUUUAUAAUUGUGAUGGUUAAUACUUAGCGUCAACUUGAUUGGAUUGAAGCAUGCAAAGUAUUGAUCCUGAGUGUGUCUGUGAGGGUGUUGCCAAAGGAGAUUAACAUUUGACUCCGUGGGCUAGGAAAGGCAGACCCAUCCUUAAUCUGGGUGGGCACUGUCUAAUUAGCUGCCAGAAUGACCAGAAUAAAAGCAGGUAGAAGAAUGUGGAGAGAUGAGACUGGCUUAGCCUCCCAGCCUGUAUCUUUGUCCCAUGCUGGAUGCUUUCUGCCCUGGUACAUCAGACUCCAGGUUCUUCAGCUUUGGAACUCUGACUGGCUUCCUUGUUGCUCAGCUUGCAGAGGACCUAUUGUGGGACCUUGUGAUCACGUGAGUAAUACUCCUUAAUAACCCCUCCCCUUUUUAUAUCCAUCUAUCCUAUUCUGUCCCUCUAGAGAACCCUGACUAAUAAAGUAAUAUCCAUCUUAAUAGUGUGAAAUAAUAUCUCAUUACGGUUUUGAUUUGCAUUUCCCUGAAGAUUAGUUAGAUCAAGCAUUUUUUAUAUACCUUUUGGCUAUUUUUAUAUCUUAAAGAAAUGUCUGUUGAAUUUUUUUGCCCAUUUAAAAAUGUCUAUUGAAAUUUUGCCCAUUUUUUUAAUUGAGUUGCAGGAGUUCCUUGUAUGUUUGGGAUAUUAAUCCCUUAUCAGAAAUAUGAUUUGCAAAUAUUUUUCCCUGUUCUAUGGGUUACCUUUUAAUCUGUUGAGUGUUUUGUUUACUGUGCAGAAGAUUUUUAGUCUGAUGUAGUUUUACUUGUCUAAUUUUGCUUUUGUUACUUCUGGCGUUUUUUUUUUUUUUUUUGGAAUUUUCCUCCUCAGUGAUUCUUGUUCUAAUGUUACUUAUAUUUUUGGUAUUAUAUCCAGCAAAUCAUUGCUAAGCCUAAUGUCAUAAAGCUUUUCCCCUACGUUUUCUUCUACAAGUUUCAUAGUUUCAUGUGUAACACUUAAGUUUUUAAUCUAUUUUGAGGUGAUUUUUGUAUAUUGUGUAAGCUAAGGGCCCAGUUUCAUUCUUCUGCAUGUGAAUAUUCAGUUUUGCCAAACACCAUCAGUUGAAGAACUGUCUCUUCCCCAUUGCGUAUUUCUGUAACCCUUGUCAAAGAUCAGUUGACUGUACAUGCCUGGGUUUAUUUCUGGGCUCUUUAUUCUGUUCCAUUGGUCUCUAUCUCUGUUUUUAUGUCAGUAUCACACUGUUUUGAUUAAUAUAGCUUUGUAUUAUAUUUUGAAAUCAGGAGGUGUUGUGUCUCCAGUUUUCUUCUUUUUUUUUAAGAUUGUUUUGGCCAUUUCGAAUCUUUUGUGGUUUCAUAUGAAUUUUAUGAUUUUUUUCUAGGUGUAAAAGGAAUUUACCUAAACACAAUAAAUGCCAUAUGAGGGGACUUUUAAAAAUUGUGGAAAAAUUAAAUUAAAAAAUAAAAAUAAAAAAUAUAUACUUUAUUUCUCAACAUAAACUCCAUGAAGUCCAAGAUACUUUUGUAAAUGAUAAUAUCAGCUAAUUAGUCUGUCCCUAAAGACCUGGAAAUACUGGCAGUUUAGCCAUGUCAAUGCAGUCUUUUUAACAUUAUUAGCUGAAGAAAAAUGGGUUCUCUUUAAAGACUUUUUAAGGUUAGGGGAAAAAAAGAAGUCAGAAGGAGCCAAAUUUGGAGACUGUACGAUGGAUGUAUAAUGAUUUCCCAUCAAAAGUCUUGCAAAAUGGCCUUUGUUCAAUUAAAGGAAUGAGCAGCAGCAUUGUCCUGGUGGAGGUGGACUCUGGCAAAGCUUUCCUGCGUGUUUUUCUGCUAAAGCUUUGGCUAACUUUCUUAAAACACUCUCAUAGUAAGCAAAUCUUAUCGUUCUUUGGUCCUCCAGAAAGUUAACAAGCAAAAUUCCUUGAACAUCCGAAACAAGUUUGCCAUGAUCUUUGCUCUUGACUGGUCUGCUUUUGCUUUGGCUGGACAACUUGCACCUUUUGGUAGUCAUUGCUUUGAUUGUUCCUUGUCUUUAGGGGCAUACUGGUAAAGCAGUGUUUUAUCUUCUGUUGUAAUUAUUUGAAGAAAUCCUUCAGGAUCUUGAUCCUCCUUGUUUAAAAUUUCCAUUGAAAACUCUGUUCUUGGCCGGGCGCGGUGGCUCACGCCUGUAAUCCCAGCACUUUGGGAGGCCGAGGCGGGUGGAUCACGAGGUCAGGAGAUCGAGACCAUCCUGGCUAACACGGUGAAACCCCGUCUCUACUAAAAAUACAAAAAAUUAGCCGGGCGUGGUAGCGGGCGCCUGUAGUCCCAGCUACUCGGGAGGCUGAGGCAGGAGAAUGGCGUGAACCCGGGAGGCGGAGCUUGCAGUGAGCCGAGAUCGCGCCACUGCACUCCAGCCUGGGCGACAGAGCGAGACUCCGUCUCAAAAAAAAAAAAAAAAAAAAAAAAAA